AUGGCUAAUGGUAAUGGAAGUGAGUCAUCAGUUAGUGGCACUGAAUCGAUGGAAAGGGUAAUGGAAAUAGCGGUUACUAGCUUUUUGCAAGCUUUACAAACUAACAUCAACAAUGGGACGCCGGAACAGCAAGAAGGGCUGGUUACCAUAAAACAGUUUCAAGACCUGAAACCCACCACAUUUACCGGCAACCCAGACCCAAUGAUAGCAGACGCUUGGGUUAAAGACAUGGAAAAGAUUUUUCGUGCCCUACCCUGCACCGAGAGACAAAAGGUAACUUUCGCCACUUUCACUUUCAAAGACAAUGCACAGAAAUUGUGGCUUCUCACUCUGGCCAAAGAAGAAAUUACGACUUGGGCGAGAUUCUUGGAAGUAUUUUACGAAAAAUACUUUCCAGAUUCAUUGCGGGAACAGAAGGCAUCCGAAUUCAUACAUCUUAAGCAAGAAACCAUGACGGUGGCCAAAUAUGAGAGCAAGUUCACACAACUCGCUCGGUUUGCAACAUACAUCAUCCCCACUGAAGCUCGAAAAGCAAGAAAAUUUGAAGCAGGAUUGGAUGCUGGAAUAAAAGACAAACUUGAGGUCUUGAAAUUGCCAACCUAUGCAGAAGUGGUGGAACGGGCGUACAUCGCAGAAAAGAGAAUUAAAGCCUCACGUUCCGGAGAACCAAGCUUCAAGAAGCGAUUCUGGGAAAGGGAUAGCAGAAGACCCGGUGUUGCACCUCAUAAAAAGGUGAGCAUGGGCACAACCAGUUCCGGCCACCAAGGUCCGACCAACCCCCAAGGUGGCACUAUUCCAACUUGCCCCACUUGUAGGAAGACUCAUUGA